AUGGACUACAUCACUGCAGAUAUACAAAAACCAGCACCCUGGUCGCUUCUAUACGCUGACGACGUGGUUCUUGUAGCAGAAUCGUUGGCGGAAGUGCAAGCUGACCUAACUGCUUGGCAGGAGUCCUUGGAAAGGAGAGGUCUGAGAAUCAGUAGAACGAAGACCGAAUAUAUGUUCUGCGACUUCUCUGGUAGAGGUCCAGACGCUAUUCCAUGUCCAUUAAUUGAAGACAAACCUCUCAACAGAGUAGAAGAGUUUAAAUACCUCGGAUCCAUUGUUGCACCCAAAGUCUGCGUAGAAAAGGACCUACAAAACAGAAUCCGGACAGCCUGGCUGAAAUGGAGAUCCCUGUCCGGCGUCCUUUGCGACUCUAGAAUGCCAAUUAAAAUCAAGGGCAAUGUCUAUAAAAGAGCAGUAAGACCAGCCCUACUGUAUGGAUCUGAGUGCUGGCCAAUGAGGAAGUCGGACGAACAGAGGAUUCACCCAGGAGAAAGAAGAAAGAAGAAGAUUUGUUGGUAUGGAAACCAGAUCAACAAUGUGCGAUGGGACGGGUGUAUGUCUCAGUCUUACAGGCUGGAGUGCGGGGUGAGGCAGGGGGGGCUGAGCUCACCAACCCUCUUCAAUCUGGACAUGAACGAGCUGAUUGGGGAGCUCAGCAGCACUAGAGUCGGUUGUUUCAUAGAUGGCGUUUGCAUGAAUAAUAUUAAUUACGCGGACGACAUGGUGCUGCUGAGCGCCUCCGUCUGUGGCUUGAGAAGACUCGUAGCUAUAUGUGAGGCUUAUGCAAAGUCUCAUGGACUAGUAUAUAAUGUGCUGAAGAGCCAGGCCACGGUCUUUGGGGACGGACGUAGGCGACCAUAUGUGGCUCUAGACGUGUUUUUGAAUGGCUGUGCAUUGCAAUGGGUGAGCAAAUUUAAAUACUUGGGCCACAUCUUGACGUCCGAUCUGAAGGAUGAUGAUGACGUUGAGCGGGAACGCAGAGCGCUGUCGAAAGCUUAA